AUGGAUAUUGUACAGUGUACAUUGGAAAAUGGAUAUUGGACUUGUGUGCUGCAAAUUAAACAUUGGGCAUUAUACAUUGGACAUUGGACAUUGGACAUUGGACAUUGGACAUUGGACAUUGGACAUUGGACAUUGGACCUUGGACAUUGGACAUUGAACAUUGGACAUUGGACAUUGGACAUUGGACAUUGGAUAUUGGACAUUGGACAUUGGACAUUGGACAUUGGACAUUUGAAAUUUGACAUUGGACAUUGGACAUUGGACAUUGAAGAUUGGACAUUGGACGUUGGAUAUUGGACAUUGGACAUUGGACAUUGGACAUUGGACAUUGGACAUUGGACAUUGGACAUUGGACAUUGGACAUUGGACAUUGGACAUUGGACAUUGGACAUUGGACAUUGGACAUUGGACAUUGGACAUUGGACAUUGGACAUUGGACAUUGGACAUUGGACAUUGGACAUUGGACAUUGGACAUUGGACAUUGGACAUUGGACAUUGGACAUUGGACAUUGGACAUUGGACAUUGGACAUUGGACAUUGGACAUUGGACAUUGGACAUUGGACAUUGGACAUUGGACAUUGGACAUUGGACAUUGGACAUUGGACAUUGGACAUUGGACAUUGGACAUUGGACAUUGGACAUUGGACAUUGGACAUUGGACAUUGGACAUUGGACAUUGGACAUUGGACAUUGGACAUUGGACAUUGGACAUUGGACAUUGGACAUUGGACAUUGGACAUUGGACAUUGGACAUUGGACAUUGGACAUUGGACAUUGGACAUUGGACAUUGGACAUUGGACAUUGGACAUUGGACAUUGGACAUUGGACAUUGGACAUUGGACAUUGGACAUUGGACAUUGGACAUUGGACAUUGGACAUUGGACAUUGGACAUUGGACAUUGGACAUUGGACAUUGGACAUUGGACAUUGGACAUUGGACAUUGGACAUUGGACAUUGGACAUUGGACAUUGGACAUUGGACAUUGGACAUUGGACAUUGGACAUUGGACAUUGGACGAUUGA